CAAAUCUAGCUAGUCUAUGGUUUAUUCUGUUUGUGUGCGUAUGUGUGGUGUGACGACUUUUCCAUAUUUUCUCUCAACUCGAUUCCAAAGAAUGUUAUUAUGUCGAUAUAAAAACAUUAUCUAAAUCGCGUCCGAUCGUGGAAGCUAUCCAAUGUCAUUAAGUCCGAAACUGUGGUGUUUAAGUAGUGAUUAUUCAGCGCGUUCGUAUAUAAUAUAGAACGUUCAAGAUGCCCGGGACACUCGUGGACCGUCUGCCCUUGCCGAACCUCAAGGCGUACACGGCGGGCAGUGCGGCGCUGCUGUCCAUGGCGGUGUACUACGCGCUGACGGCGACGAGCCAGGCGGGCUGGCGGGCGGGCGGCGGCGGGGCGGGCGCGGAGACGGCAGCGGCUGCGGGCGGCGCGCCGGAGGCCGCCCCCGCCCCCGCCCUCGCGCCGCCCGGGGACAGGAACCUCACGGAGCAGGUGCUGGACGUCGCCACCUACAUGAUGCAGGAGCCGCUCUGUAUGUGGACGCUGAUCAACGCGUCGUGCUGCGCGCUGGCGCUGGCGGGCGCGGGGCUGCAGCGGCUGGUGUUCGGCCGCCUGCGGGUCGCGGAGGCGCAGCGGCUCAAGGACAAGUUCUGGAACUACGUCUUCUACAAGUUCAUCUUCGUGUUCGGCGUGCUCAACGUGCAGUACAUGGAUGAGGUGGUGCUGUGGUGCUCGUGGUUCACGGCGCUGGGCUUCCUCGGCAUCAUGGCGCAGCUCUGCAAGGACCGCUUCGAAUACUUGUCCCUAUCGCCGGCGGCGGGCGGCUGGGCGCGCGCGCGGCUGCUGGCGCUGCUGCUUCUGCUGGCGUGCGCUGCCGCCGCGCUGCUGGCCGUCGCCGCGGUGUACGGGCUGCCCGCCGGCUGGCACACCUUCGCCUUCAUGGCUGCUGAGUGCGUGCUAGUGCUGGUGUCGUGCCUGCACUCGCUGGCGCGGCUGGCGCUGCAGGCGGCCGACGCGGACGCCGCCGCCGCGCCCGUCUACUACACGCAUCUCGUGUUCGACAUGAUUGCGCUGUUGGUGGAGCUGGUGGACGCGCUGCACAUGGUGCUGGCACACAACAUGGCGCUGUCGGCGGGCGCGCUGGUGCUGCUGCUGCAGCUGCGCUCGCUGCUGGCGCGCCUCGCCGCCCGCGCCGCCCGCCACGCGCGCUACGCCGCCCUGCGCGCGCUCACCAUGCACCACUACCCGGUGGUGCCGGGCGAGGGCGACACGUGCGCCAUCUGCUGGGACGCCAUGAAGGACGCGCGACAACUCCCCUGCAAGCAUCUUUUCCACAGCUCGUGCCUGACGGUGUGGCUGCAGCAGGACCCGUCGUGCCCGACGUGCCGGCGCGCGCUGCUGCCCCCCGCGCCCCCCGCCGCCCCCGCCGCGCCCCCGCAGGGGCCACGGAAUACCACUAUACACUUCAACCCGCUGGUUGCAGGCAUGACGUCGUCGCGCUACGUGUCGUGGCUGCCCAGCUUCAGCGUGGAGGUGACGCGCGCGCCGCCGCCGCCGCCGCGCGCGCAGAUCGACGCCAUGGCUAGACAGGUGCAGGCGAUGUUCCCGGCGCACAGCCUGGCGCAGCUGGCGCGCGACCUGCUCGCCACGCGCUCCGCCGCGCUCACCGCCACCAACAUCCUCGAGGGCCGCCUGCCGCCCGAGGAAGAGCCAUCAUUCCCCGACCCGCCCCCAGAGAGCGCGCCCCCCGCCCCCGCGACAGUUGCCGCCCCCGUGGUGGAACCCGAGCCAGAAAUAGACGAGGAGGAUGAUAAACCGGUGGAAGUGCAGUUCUCGUCGAGCUCGCACGAGCGGGAGAGCCUCCUGCAGCGCCGCAAGCGCCAGCUGGUGGCGGAGGCGCGGCGCCGCUACCUCGCCCGCCGCCCCCCGGCCCCCGCCCCCGCGACCCCCGCUGCCCCCGCCCCCGGGCCCGCCAGCUGAGCCCGGCUGCGGGCGCGCGCCAACCACCGACUGCUCAUAUGGGUCUACACGAGGAGGCACCACUGAACACUGACGGACUCAGAGUGCCAAAGUUGUUACGAAUUUCACGGACAUUCAUCGAAUUGUUAAGUUGACGGCGCAGAGGUUGAGUGGAGAUUGUGUUGUAAAUUCCUAAUGUUUACUUCCAAGUUCAUUGUAGGUUUUUGGUAUAAAAUACAAGUAAUGAUCAGUUAUCAGAUCUGAUUCUUGAGGUGGUGCACAGCGAGCCCCGGGAGGGUCAAAAUUGUAAAUGAAGUCUCAGCUGAAAGCUGUCGCAUUGUAAUUUUUUCAAACUCUAUUUAAAUUUGGGACUUUAUAUACAUAUUUUAUAGAGUUUGAAGAUCUAAAUUGAAUUGAUCAUUCAUUGUGAUUUCCUAUAGUGUAUGAUUAAAAGAUCUUAGUGCAAAUAAAAACUUUUGACCAUACAUGUGAUAUCAUAAAAAAUAUAUGAAUUAUAGUUUUAAAGACAUUAAGUAUGGUUAGCUGUAGAUUUUGUAUUUGAUGUUAAAAUAGGGAUGCCUUUUCCUUCAUGCAAAAAAGUAUAACCAGUGAAUGGUCUCAAUGAAAAAAAGGAGUUGCGUAAACAAUAUCUUUCAUUUAUCCUUUAAUGUUAUUUCUCCUGUAAAUAAUAGUUUUUCUGUAAAUUCAAAAAUGUGUAUAUGUAUUGCUUAAUUUUAGGUGUUUUACUAUAUUUUCCUAUAACAUAACAUUAAGAAAGAAGGUGUAAAACCAUUAUGGAUAGUUAACUUUUUUGCUUUUUCAUACUUCUAUUUUUAUAGAUUUGAGAGUAUUUUUGUAAAAA